CCGUAGUGGCCAUCCAUAGCGCGAGUUGUUCUGUCAGUCAGCUCUAACGUCAGGUACGGCAGGUGAAAAAAAGAAACACCUAAAAAAAAAGAGAACGAAAAAAAAACUUGACUAGAUAAGUUGAAACAAGAAAAAUGGCGGACUCGGAUGAGUCGUUACAAGACAACGAGCUGUUUACACUGAAAAGUUUCCUGGACAAUUUUGAUCUUCCACAAACUGUAUUUGUUGUGUCACCAGGUAACUGCCAGACGACUCCUGCUGUCGAAGAAGGUCAGUGGCUGCGUUUGUAUAAAACUGUUAUCCCCAGAGUGUUGUUGACACCUUGUAAGGCAGACGAUGAAUGCGAGUGGGACACGCACUGUGAUCCGUCGGCCAAGACUCCGGUCACGGACCACGAUACUAUUGAAGUACCUAUAGACUAUCCAGCACGGUACGUUGUUCUUUCACCUCCACAUGACGAACAAGAGCCGGACGCGAUCUACGAGACGAUAAAUGAUUUAAUAAAGGUAUCACCGCCAUUAUUUAAAGCGAACUGUUCGUCGUGCUUCUCGCAACAGAGUUUCAUUGGAGAAAUACAGAAAAACAAUUUUGAGGCUGGAGAUACAUUCAAGUUUCUGAAAAUCGUUCGCGAUGGAUAUUUCGGGAAAUAUUUACAAUGCCAACACCAAGACGGUCGAAUUAUGGAACUGCCAUGGUCAUGUAAGGGUGAUUUUUCUUACGUUGUUGAUUCGAAUACCACUUACACUGUGGAACAACUUCUGGAAGCGAAUCGCAUGCCCAGAUAUCUUUGGCAAGCUGAUGAAUUGGUUGAUCACAGUAAUUACCAAGACAGCAUCGUACGUGUGGGAAUUGAUUCCCCCUCGAAAGUAUUCACAGACGACCCAUUUUUCAACGACGAUUCGAUCGACAUGUCUGAAUCAUAUUUCGCUAAUCAACGGAAUAGUUUUCGUUCUGCGAAAUUAUCUGGAAGGAAUAUUAUUUAUAUGGACAUUCCUGAGAUUUUUGUCCAGGUUUAUCAUACUAGUGACCCUACUGAUACUGUUGAUGCUGAUCCCACACGGAAUGGCGAAUCAGACGUAAGGUGGCUCAUUCCUCUUAGUUCUGACAUGCUUGUUAAAUGUAUAUCCAUUCCAGAUUAUGAACAUCCCAAAAAUUACAAAGCCCGUCGUACAUUAUGGGAAGUGGCAUCGGAACAUACUCGACCACUAAUUUUCUUCCCAGUCUUAGCCCAAAUUGUAUCUUACCCCGACCUUCCUUCUGAAUUCGCCACUUAUCUUAAACCAAAGUCACAAAUAGUUGUUCGAAGAGUGGAACAUAUCGAUAAAAUUCUUGCGCGCACGGAAGACAGAUUUUUCAUAAUUGGACCUAAUCUUUAUAAAAGUUUCUCUGCAUUACCACGGAGAUUUCGGAAUGUCUCUGAAUUAAGUAUUUGCAAGGCUGGCUGUGAGCUGCAGGUAUUGGAAGAUGUGGCCACUGACUUUCCGAAACCAAUUAGUUUGAAUAAAGGAGAUAUAAUCCGAAUUCCAAACUUCCAGACCGUUGUCUAUAAAUUCGGAGGUGGCGAUUAUAAAAUGGAAUGUAAAGUGCUAAGAUGUGAGAAACUAAAUUCUCGUGGAAAAUAUGAGAAACUGAAGAUACCUGUGGAUUUAGAAAUUGAUUUAAUUGAAAUGAUUGCAAACGAAGACAGAGAAAGAUGGUUCGUGUCUGAAUUAUUCUACCGUCGGCCAAAAUUACCAUUGGAUGUAGAAGCCGGGGAUUUCUACCCAACAGUAAGUGCAGACACAGUGCUAACUUUGGAAAAUUUUGUUCGAGACACAGUUGUGGUUGUGUCUAACACAAAAGAUAGCCAAACAGAAUCGACAUUUUCAAAUCAAGUGUGUAUUGAAAUUCCUAGUCGAUAUAAAAUGGUUCUAGAUCUUAAACAGGAUACUGUCUUGCCAACUGACUUUACUUCUCCAGUUGAACGGAUAGCCUUGGAUGCUGAAGAACUAUUUGAGGAAACGUAUUUUUAUAUGGAAACUUACCACCUCCGUUUUCAAAGUAUGGACUGUUUGAGAGAUUCCGCUCAACACCAUAUGAGUUCAAGAUCUGUAUGGAGACGCGAUUUGAAUAUAGUACCACAGCUGUCCAACAUGAGGAGAUCUUUAUCAACAUUCAGCGUCAAUAAAGCAAACAAAUUGCGGAAAAGCUUUUCACGGAUGCGCAAGAAAAAAUAUCCAUCACAGGGUCUUAUAAGAUCAGAGGUCAGGAGGGCUGAAUCAGAUUUCAACAUUUAUGAAAAUAUCAGAAUCGACAAUCUUUUAACAACUCCAAUGCUAACUACUGCAUCAAUUUCUGCACCAACUCCUAUUCCAACUACAUCAACUACUACAUCCACUACUACACCAGCUACUGCAUCAAAUGCAUCAACAACACCAACUGGUGACUAUCCUUCCCUUUCAAACAGGACUUCCACCACACAGCCAAAUGUCUACAUCACAAGGACAUCAUCUGGCCAGAUUUCUGAUACAGAAUCGAAUCCCUAUGAAGAUGUUGUGAUAAGAACACGAGAACAGCCAGCCAUACCGAAAAAAAAGCCAACAUCAAAAUUCAAGAACCCAUUCAAGUUUUUAAAAAAAUUCUCCAAGCGCAGUUGAAGCAGUUUUAUAGCUCAUAAUAUAGGCUAUAAUGUGAUGACUUUUACCUGUUUCUUUUGCUCACAUCUUCAGUAGAGCAAUAUGCCUGCUAGAUCAACGCUGACCUGGAUCUUGUGUAACAAAGACUCUAGUAACAAUGAUUUUAUCAUGUGAGAACUCAACCUCAUACUCCUCUGUCUUUAUUUCUUUGUGUCUCUCCAUCUCUCUCUCUCUCUCUCUGUAUUUCUCUCUUUCCCUCUUUUCUUUCCUCAUUCCGUUUAUUUUUUUUUUUGCCCUCCUUUAUGCCUUGUCUUCUUACACAUACCAAUUCAUGCAUGCACACACACACACAAAUACAUUUACUCAGACACACCUUCAAUCAGUGCUGUCUUAAUGUCAGACAUUUAUUCCUUCUCCACUUGAAUAAUUGUAUGUUCUAAUCUUUUAUGUGCAACUUUAGUUGUAGAUUGGUAUGUAAAUAACUGUUUGGAGAAGACAAGUGUCACUAUAUAUACAUGCCAUUUUUCUUGCUUCCCUUGAUGGUGCUGAGUGCAAUUUUUCCCCACAAAGACAUUAAUCCAUUUCCAGCUGUAGGACUGCCAAAAAGGACUGGCAAGUAAGGAAGUCUUUAUUUUCUGGAGGUUUCCUGUUGUUCUUCUUCAAUCCAGAGCCCUGAACUGAUUGUUAAACCCUUCCAUUUGUCCCACAGUCAGGUAACGACCAUAGUACAUGUAGCUGGCCAUAGAGAACCCUACAAAAAAGACAGAAAUCAAAUGUCCAACCUGUCGAAGUUAGUGUCUGUGAAAUGCGAACCCACACAACUUCAUCCGGCAGUCAGAAAAAAGAAACCUUAAGUAGAAAAUAUGAUAUGAAUAAAGUUUAUACUAUGCAACCAC